GGUUUUCUUCUUCCAGGUUUAUUUUUUUUUGGAAUAUUGCAUUAGGCGGAGAGAAAGCAAGAAUGGGUGUCAUUACCAAUGUAAAGAGGUCCCGUCCAUUACAAGGAUUAAUUGUGUUUGUUCUCUUAGUUGCAUCCUAUUUCUUUUUCUUUUCAAGUGCGGGAUCGGACUCAUACUCACCAGAAGAAAUUAAUUCAAUACUUCAAAAUAAAGAUAAAAGUGUGGUUAGUAUUAAAAAGACAGAGCUCACUGCAUUGGGGUUACUGACUCCAUAUCUUGAAAAAUCUAGUUAUAAACCAAGACAUUGGGAUGUACAAGGAACCGCAUUGGUUAAGAAUCAUGAGUAUAUUCGUUUAACUAGUGAUCUCCAACAUCAAGCAGGUAGUAUCUUUUCUAAAUUACCAAUCCAAGCUGAAUCGUUUGAAAUGGAACUUACAUUCCAUAUUCAUGGUAAGACUAAGAAUGGGUUUGUAGGUGAUGGAUUAGCUAUUUGGUUCAUUGAUGAAAAAUCUGAUAUUGGUGAUGUAUUUGGUGCUAAAAAUCAAUUUAAUGGGUUGGGUAUUUUUAUUGAUACUUAUAAGAAUGGUAAGAGAGGUCAAUUUCCUUAUGUUAACUUGAUGCUUGGAGAUGGUCAAUCAUCUUAUAAUAAGCAUACAGAUGGGUUUGAAACUCGUUUAGCUGGAUGUAAAGUUGAUGUAGUCAAUCCAGAAUCAGGUAAGACAAAGGCAAGAUUAGUAUACAUUAAAAAUGGAUACUUCUCAUUAGACUUCGAUUAUAGUGGAAAUGGGAAUGAUUGGAGAAAUUGUGUUACAUUGAAUGAUGUUAAACUUCCUCAAAUCAAAUAUUUAGGAAUUAGUGGUGAAACUGGUGGAUUAUCAGAAAACAAUGAUAUCAUUGAAAAUAGAGUCUUUGCAUUGUAUAAGGAUGAUGGUUCAUUUGUUGGAUCUAUUGAUGAAUUAGAGCAAAUGGUUGCACAACAAGAUGAAUAUGAAGAAGAAAUUCCAAAGAAAAUCCUGAAUGAAGGUGGUAGACAAAGAUUAUUCAAAAAGAAAAGGAAGGAUCCUCUGGAACAAAGAAGAACAUUGUCAAGAUUAAGGAAUUCUGAAAGAAGAAUCAAAGAAAGAGAACGUCAAUUAAGGUUGGAAAAGUAUGGAGAUGCUGAAGCAACUUUCUUCUCGAACCUUUUGAGAAAAGUAUGGAUUCUUUUAAAGUAUCUGUUUUAUUUCUUCUUGGUGAUUUUACUUGCAUGGGUAGUUUUCACCGUUUACCGAGUGCAGAAACAAAAAAAUCACCGUACCACAGGGUUGUUGGAUUAAUGACUCUAUCUAUCUCAUAGAAUUCGUCGUGCAAUAACUUAAUAAAAAGCCGAAUGACUUUGCUUAGAUAGAAUAAAUAAUAAUAAUAAUUAAAAUAAAAAGAA